AUUGUAAUAUAUUUCUCAAGCUCAAUACAUGAAGUACAAGACAGUUUAAAUGUACAUAUAUAUAGCUGGAAAAUUUCAUAAAUGUCCAAUACUAAAGAUACACUUGCAACAGUUGAAUCGUCGAAUCAUCCUACUUCAAAUGAUGAUGACAAUAAAUGUUUAUUAAGCGACGGUAACACAAUAAAUGAUUCUGUAAGUAAUUUUACUUGUAAUGAAGAUGUUUCAUGCCGUUUAAAAGAAGAAGAAGAAGAAGGAUAUGAAAUGAAUCGGAAUAGUUCACAGAAAAGUGUACACUUUUCAAAUUUCUCUAGAAAAUCUCUAGACUCUCCGACCAAAAUAACGAAUACAAAAUUUAAAAAUUUAAAUUUAUCACCGGAGAAAAUAAAUUCAUCAAUAAAAGAAGAACAUACUACAAGUUCAAACUCUUCAAUAAAUGGUGUAGGUAAAAAUUGGAAAAAUGUUCGUCAUACAAUGAAAUUUGUUCUGUCAAACAAAUCUAAAAGUAAAUCAGAACAUGAUGAUUCUAGUCGUGAUUCAUUUCUAUAUCGUUUUUCAACACAAAGACGUGGAACAUAUACACGUGAAAAUGAGAAUCUUAAUGAAACUCCAUUAGUAACUUAUCAAACUUCUUUUAAAAAUAAAAAUAAUAUCAAAUCACAAAAUGAUGAUUAUACACAAAGUGAUACAUUCAUUGAAUCAUGGUUUAAUCAACAACAACAACAACAACAACCAGAGAUGGAUGAUAAACAACAUGAAAUGGAACAUUUAAUGAAAUCAUCAUCAUCACAAUGUUCCAUUGUAGAUAACUUAGUAACUAAACCAGAAAUUGAACCAUUUGAUACUGGUGAAAACUAUUCUCCUGAGAAACUAAAUACUAACAAUCAUCAAAUAGAAAUUGAUAUUGAAAAAUCAAUAAAUUGGAAAAAAGAAAUUUUGAAUACAUUAAAAAUACCAAUGAAUUUUUUUAUAUUUCAUUCAAAUAGUUCCGGUUAUUUAAUAUGGUUAACAUUUGUAUCUAUAGCAUUAUUAUAUAAUUUAUGGGCACCAAUAGCACGUCAAGCAUUUACUGAAUUACAAAUAACUUAUCAAAUUUUAUGGUUUAGUUUAGAUGUAUUCACUGAUUUAACUUAUUUAAUUGAUAUAUUUGUACAAUGUAAUACAAGUUAUUUAAAACGUGGAUUAAAAGUACGUAAUCAUCAAAAAUUAGCUAAACGUUAUAUGAAAUCCUAUAAAUUCCUCUUAGAUAUUACAUCAUUACUUCCAUUGGAUUUAUUACAAUUUAAAAUUGGUAUACAACCAAUGUUACGUUUUCCAAGAUUUCUUAAAUGGUAUCGAUGUCGUGAAUGGAAGAUACGUGUAGAGAAUAGAACUAUAUUUCCAAAUUUAUGGAGAGUAUUAAAUUUAAUUCAUAUAUUAUUUUUAGGUUGUCAUUGGUUUGCUGCAUUUUAUUAUUUAUUAUCUAAAUAUGAAGGAUUUAAAAAUCCAUGGGGUUAUCAACCACAUUAUAAUAAUGAAAAUGAUACAAUAUCACGUAUAUAUCUGAAAUCAUUUUAUUGGGCUACAUUAACAUUAACAACAAUUGGUGAUCUUAGUGCACCAACAAGUAGUAUAGAGCUUACAUUCACGAUUGUAUCUUAUCUAACUGGGGUAUUUGUAUUUGCUACAAUUGUAGGUCAGGUAGGAAAUAUCAUUACUACAAGAAAUGCUGAUCGUAUUGAAUUUGAGAAAAUCUUGGACCAUGCUAAAAGUUACAUGCGGGCUAAUUCAGUUGAUAAAGAUUUACAAAGUCGUAUUCUAAGAUGGUAUGAUUAUGCAUGGUCUAAAGGUUGCGGUGGUGGUGGUCAAGAUAUUAACACAAUAGGUUUAUUACCAGAUAAAUUGAAAACUGAAUUAGCUCUUAAUGUCAAUUUGGAAACAUUGAAAAAAGUAACUAUAUUUCAUGAAUGUAGACCAGAAUUUUUACAUGAUAUUGUUUUGAAAAUGCGUCCAUUAGUUUUCACACCAGGUGAUUUAAUAUGUCGAAAAGGUGAAAUAGCACGUGAAAUAUUUAUUAUUGCUGAUGGUGUACUUGAAGUGAUAAGUGAUUCUAACGAAGUUCUGUCCAAAAUGAGCGCUGGUGACUUCUUUGGUGAAAUCGGAGUACUUAAUGUGGAUGGAGUGAAUAAACGAACAGCUGAUGUACGUGCUGUUGGUUAUGCUGAAUUAUUUGUUUUAUCUCGAGAAGAUAUUUUAAAAGCAUUGAAAGAUCAUCCAGAUGCUGAGGCAGUAAUAAGAAAACAUGCAACAAGACGUCUCUGUGAAACACGUGUACGUCAACAAGCACAUCUGCAUGGAAAAAGGUCUCCUAUCUUAUCUAAUAAUUUAUGUAAAUCAUUCAUUUUACCUGGUAAUUAAAAAUUUUACAUUAAAACUCUAGUCUAAAUUUAAAAAAGGUGCACAUGAAAAUACUUCAAUUAAAUUAGAAGUACCAUCAUCUGGUAUAACAAGAAAUUCGUCAAUGUUACUUAAUAAUGAAAACGAUAUACAAAGUCAACAAACAACAAUUAGUUCUGGUAUAAAUACACAAUGGAAAUCAAAGAAUUUUAGUGGAAGGAAUGAUACAAGUCAACUUGUAGAAACGUUAGAUCAAUUUGCAGACCGAUGGGAAACAAUACUAAUGAAUCUAACCAAAAAUUACCGUGAAGAAAUCGGUGUACUACGUGAACAAAUUCUACAAUUCAGUUCAACGAAUACAAGUUAACGUUAUCUAACCAUAAUGAGUACAAAUGUAAAUGUAUCUAUACUUGUAAUUUCACUUUUAUUUCGUUUGUAUCUAUCUAUCUAUCCAUCCAUCUAUCUAUCAGAAUGCAUCAGAUUACAUUAUUUCUAUCUAUAUAUGUAUAUACUCGUUUAUUAACAUUACAUUUCAUAAGAAAGUCUUUCUCUCUAUGCAGAAUUCAUCUGUUUCUUUUUUUAAAACAACCACUUCAUGUUUUAAAGAAAAAGAUUUGUAUGUGAAUGUAACAUACUGUCCACAUAUAUAUGCAUUAUAGAUAAAUGUACAACAUCAAAUGAUUCUUUUAUUCAUUUUCUUAAAUUAAUUUAACUUUAAAGAUUUGAUUAAUCUUUUUUGAAGUAAGGGAUGAUUAUUGGAUUAAGAUUAAAGUGUAAAUUAGUCUAGUCAAACAAUGGUCAGUUUAAAACCAUUCGAAGUUUUGUAAGCAAAGAUGGAUAGUG